GCGGCCAUCUCGCCCUGCGCCCCGGGGGGGUAAAGGAGAACCCCGGGGUCGUGCUCCGGGGCCGUGCUGUGGGGCAGGCAGCCUUCCCCAAGCCCCCAGCCAGGUUCCUGAGGCAGCACACCGCCUCGCCAGCCCAGGUUUGCAGCCUUAAAAAAUAAAAUCAGAAACUAAAGAAACUUGAAGUGUCUCAAAGAAACUGCAUUUUCCAUUGGCUGACUGAUGACAAAUAUAGAGAGCUUCUUUGCCUAUGAGUAUGCCUGCAUCUUGACUAUAUUUCUACAUGACUGUGAGGGGCACUGUUCGGAAUGAAGCUGCCAUCAUGUCAUCCACAGGCAAUGACACUGAUAUUGAAGAAUUCUUGGUCAACAUUAACUUAGGGCAGUAUCUUCCUAACUUUAAAGAAUAUGGCUAUAACAUUGUGACAGAUUGCACAGGCAUAAACAACAGCGUGCUUCAGCAAAUGGGAGUGCUGCCUACAGGGCACCGCAGAAGGAUCCUUAAGCAGUUAGACACUGCUCUUUCAAAAAGACAAGGACAUUUACUGAACGAAAAUGUAAAACUCAAAGACUCGACAGGUUUAGAAAAGAAGCAAUAUUUGUGCGUGGAUGAGGAUUCUCCAGUAAGCAAUUUAAAUGCAGGUGAGACUGACUUGAUACCUGCAACAUCGUCAGUGCAACUUCCUAAUGAAGCUUACUUUGGUGAAGAAAGGUUCAAACUUGGAGAGCAAAACUUAUCGGAGGCAAGUGAUGAUAGCAUUACAAAUUUGGAUUUUUCUGGUUUAUACCAGAAUUCAGACAGCAUAGUAAAAGCUGUCAGUCUAAGUGGAAGUAUUAAGAUGAAUGCUCAGCCGGAUACAUCAUUGGAAGAAGCUGCUGCAUACCAAACUGAUGAGCACUUGGCUGGCCGUUUGGCAUUUUGUGAUCCUCCUUCUUCGUUUGCUCAUUCAUGUGAGACAAAAUACAGUGAAAACAAACAUCUCAUGCUUGCAGAUGAGGAUGAUCUAUCUGAUUGUGAGCCAAGUUCUCAAUUCUUUAAGUUUCAAGGAGAAAUGAUAAACAAUGACUUAUAUGAUUCCUGUACACAAAACAGCACGACAGUAUUUCCAAGAGCAAGUCGGUCUUUUAUGUUAAGACAUCGACCUGUGCCAGAAAUCCCUGAAUCAAGCAAAGUUGAGACUUCAACCAGCUCCCUUCAGAAAAGAAAGAACGUGGAUCUUACAAAUGUACCUUGUGCUGGGAGGCAAGCUUCACAAAAAAAAACUUUCACAGAAGAAAAACCACCCAUCAUAUCUCCGUAUGGAGAAACCUUUUUUUGGGACAACCUUCAAGAUGCUAAGGAACUUCAUGGAAAUGAACUCCUGGUUUGUGAAAAGAAAUCAGAUCUAGAAAUGAACGAAGAACAUUAUUCUCACAAGAAUUCAUGUUCCCAUAAUCAGGAUGAGAAGACAAAGGAAUGUGCAAAAAAACCCGUGUCUCAGGAAAACAAGUCAUUAGCACCAGAAGAUUUUGAAAGUGAAUCUGUAUACUCUGUUGUGGAUCAAUGUUCCUUACCUUUAAAGAAAAAGAAAAAUAAAGCCAAAAGCCACUCAUCUUGUAGUAAGAACCGAAGUGAAGAUGCAAAUCACUUGAUCAGUGAACAAAUGGAUUUUCGGCAAUUUGACGGAGCUCAAAUUUCGAUUGCAAAUGAAUCAAUAACACCGUAUGCUUGUUUUUAUGGGCCAUCAGUAAAGAAGCUUAAAGCAGGAUGGCUGGAUAAAUUAUCCCCACAAGGCAAACGUAUGUUUCAGAAGCGCUGGGUUAAAUUUGAUGGAGACAGCAUUUCUUACUACAAUAACGAAAAGGAAGUGUUCUCAAAGGGAAUAAUACUGCUCUCUGCUAUAGCAACAGUAAGAGUUCAUGGAGAGAAUAAAUUUGAAGUUGUUACAUCCCAUAGGACUUUCGUCUUUCGAGUAGAUAAAGAAGAAGAAAGGAAUGACUGGGUUAAUACAAUACUCAAUGCCUUGAAGUCUCAGUCUGAUAAUCACUCUCAGUCUCGAACAUCUGUUGCCCCUGAGAAAAGUGGAUAUCUUGAACUGAAAGGGUACAAAGCCAAAAUCUUUGUUCUACUUCAGGGGAAUACUGUGUGGAUCUGCAAAAAUGAGCAGGAUUUCAAGACAGGAUUUGGUAUCACUUUAAUCCCUAUGAAUGUGGCAAAUGUAAAACAAGUGGAUCGGACUGCAAAACAAUCUUUUGAAAUAAUUACUCCUUAUAAAAGCUUCAGCUUUACAGCCGAGUCGGAAAGAGAGAAACAAGACUGGAUUGAAGCGCUGCAGCAAUCGAUAGCAGAAACUCUCUCUGAUUAUGAAGUAGCUGAGAAGAUUUGGUUCAAUGAAUCCAACAGGAGCUGUGCUGACUGUAAAGCUCCCAAUCCUGACUGGGCAUCCAUCAAUCUCUGUGUUGUCAUUUGUAAGAAGUGCGCAGGACAGCACAGAUCUUUAGGACCAAGAGACUCAAAAGUCCGGAGUCUAAAAAUGGAUGCCAGCAUUUGGAGCAAUGAACUUAUUGAGCUCUUUAUCAUCAUUGGAAAUAAGAGGGCAAACAGUUUUUGGGCAGGAAAUCUUCCUCCAGAUGAAGAACUACACAUGGAUGCCCCAGCAGAAAAAAGGAUUGCGUUCAUUACACAAAAAUACAAAGAGGGAAAAUUCAGAAAAGCACCUUUUCUCUACAAAACCAAGGAACAAUUGAAUAAGGCGCUGUGUGCUGCUGUAGUUAAACAAGAUGUUCUAGAAACUCUGAUGCUGCUGUUCAGUGGGGCUGAUGUGAUGUGCGCUACUGGCGAUCCUGUUUACAGUACUCCAUACUUACUAGCCAAGAAAGCUGGACAAAGACUGCAAAUGGAAUUCCUAUACCAUAAUAAGUUUUCAGAUUUCCCAAGCUAUGAUAUCUGUCUUGAAAGUGGCUUCUCUGAAGAUUCUUCACAUUCCACCUUUCUUUGUGAAUUUUUAUACAAAGUUUCUUCUAAUACUACCAAGCUUCUUACAGAGAAGAAAUUAAAAGAAGAUUGCAACAAAAGAUGGUGCACUUUGGAAAGUGGCUUUCUGAGCUACUAUGAAAAUGAUAAAACGACAACUCCUAAUGGUAUGCUUGACAUCAGCGAAGUUAUCUGUCUUGUAGUGCACAAGUCAGACUUCUUUUUAAAUAGAGGGGACGUCUUUACCUUUGAAAUCUAUUUAAUGUCAGAACGUGUUUUUCUGUUUGGAGCUGAAACUGCAUAUUCACAAAGAAAAUGGACUUGGGCGAUAGCUAAGCAUUUUGUUCCCCCUGUGGCUGAAUGCUUACUAGAGAGAGACUGUGACCUGAUUGGCCAACUGUACUACAAGGAUUGCCAUAGCCUGGAUCAGUGGAGAAAAGGCUGGUUUGCUAUAGAGAAGUCAAGCCUUUACUUUUGUCUUGAAAUGGAGAAUGCUCAAGAAGAUUCCAUAUAUCUAAGGAGGCUGCAAGAACUAACAAUCAGUAGUGUGAUGCAAAAUGGAGAAAAAAUAGAUGUUCUUCUUCUUGUUGAAAAAGGAAGAACACUGUACAUUCAUGGCCAUACGAAGCUGGAUUUCAUGGUCUGGUAUACUGCAAUUGAAAAAGCAGCGGGUACAGAUGGUAAUGCGUUACAAGAUCAGCAGCUCAGCAAAAAUGAUGUUCCUAUUAUAGUGAACAGCUGUAUAGCAUUUGUUACACAGUAUGGUUUAGGGAGCAAGCAGAUCUACCUCAAGAAUGGCAAUUCUUCUAAUGUGGCUGAACUUCUGGAAAGUUUCAAAAAAGAUGCAAGGAGUGUUAAACUAAGAGCUGGGAAACAUCAGCUCGAAGAUGUGACUGAUGUAUUGAAAAGUUUUCUUUCUCAAAUAGAUGAUGCUCUUCUCACUAAAGAACUUUAUCCAUUCUGGAUUUCUGCAUUAGAUAUGCAGAAUGAAAAGGAACGUGUAAGGAAAUAUGGAGCUUUCAUUCGGACACUUCCACCAGUCAAUAAGGCAACUUUGGCUGCAUUAAUUGAACAUCUUUACAGGGUGCAGAAAUGUUCUGAAAUCAAUCAUAUGAACCCUCACAAUCUAGCCAUGGUGUUUUCUUCAUGCUUAUUUCAAACCAAAGGCCAGACUAGUGAAGAAGUCAAUGUAAUUGAAGAUCUAAUUAAAAAUUAUGUGCAACUUUUUGAUAUAAAUGAAGACCAGGUCAAACAAAUGGAUAUAGAGAACAGCUUUAUUACCAGGUGGAAAGAUACUCAGGUUUCCCAGGCUGGAGAUUUGCUGAUUGAAGUUUAUGUGGAAAGAAAGGAGCCAGACUGUAGUAUUAUAAUCAGGGUAUCACCUUUGACAGAAGCAGAAGAAUUAACUAAUGAUGUUUUAGGAAUCAAAAACAUUACUCCCAACAAAGAUGACAUCUGGGCUGCUUUUGAAGUACUUGAAAAUGGAGAGCUAGAACGUCCACUGCAUUAUACAGAGAAUGUUCUAGAACAGGUUCUCCACUGGAGUUCACUACCAGAGCCUGGCACUGCAUAUCUGAUAAUAAAGAGAUUUCUAACAACAGACAUGAUGAAACUCUACAGUGAGAAAAACGUGAAAGGUAGUGUGAAAGCUGGCUAUCUAAAGUACAAAGAAGAACCAUCAAAACUACUGUCUGGAAACAAAUUUCAAGAGCGUUAUUUUGUCUUACGGGAAGGAAACUUGCUUCUUUACAAGGAUAUGAAGGCUAGCAAACCUGAAAAAGUGUUGCCUGUCAAUUCCUUGAAGCUUUAUCUUGGAGUGAAAAAGAAAAUGAAGCCACCAACCAACUGGGGAAUUGCAGUGUUUUCUGAAAAGCACCAGUGGCAUAUAUGUUGUGAUGGACAGGAUACGCAGAUGGAGUGGAUGAUCAGCAUUUUUACUGCACAGCAUGCCGAUAUAUGGCCGCCUGCUGGAAAAGCAAGAAAACAGUCCAUAACUAAAAGUCCAAAGAUUGGAGGCUUACCACUAAUUCCCAUUCAACAGGAGAACACCACCUGUAAAAUCAGAGGGAGUAUAGAAAAUAUACAGCUGGGAUUGGGGAAACCGAAACUCAGUGAUCAUAAUGAAGAUGACUUACUGGAAGAAAGAAAAAACUUGAAAGAAAAGGCAUCUAUUGUGGCACAAUGUUUGGAACGCAAGGAAGAGAAAGUGCGUAAUCAUGCUAAAGCACAUCGGAGCUUUAUCUCUGAGGAUAUAGGUGUGGGAAAGACUGACCUAUGCCAAAGACCACAUAAGCCACUGAAAAAAAAUAAGAACAAAACAAACAAAACUGCAUUGGAAUUAGAUAAAAAAUUGCCAUCAAAUGUGAUUCAGGAACUAAAUACAGUGUUGCAGAAGAACAGAGCACUUCAUGAUGAAACCUCCAGCUGAUGUCCUAAGUUUGAAGUUUAGAAUGUAUAUAUUUUCUGGGCAAAAGUAGGGUUUUUGAUGUAUGUAGUUUGUACAGUGCAGAGAAUUUAAUUUGUUUAUAUGCAGCUCUUGAUUUUGUAUAUACGUAUGCUACGGUAUAAUUUAAGAUUGAACUCAGAGAAAUGAUCGUGCAAAAGUCCUGAUAUUUGGAAGUUUUGCUGUGCAGUGCAAUGGCACUUGUGUUUUAUCAAUUGUUUUUUUGUUGAAGGUUCUGUUAGAUGCAAGAAUUCUAAUCACUAUCAAAAACUUUUGCUCUGUUUGUACUCCAUACCAUCUUGUAAGUACUGGAGAGAAAUUUUUGGAAUGAAGACAAGACAUACACUGAAAUUCAUCCUGUUGGUCUGCAAUAUUUUAGUUGUCUAACACUAUAAAAAAUGAGUUAACAUCUGCUUUGAA